AUCCUACCGUGAGGUUUUCCUUGGUUCGUGUGUGGAAAAGCAAGCAGUUCGACGAUGGGGAAACUUUGUGUCCUCAAUUUCACUGGGAUCUGCCAGGUCCCUCCUUCUAUGGGAACGCAGCCCUUUAAGGUAAUUGGUCCCAGAAUGCCAGUGCAGCCGCUGUGUCUCCUGCUUGCUCUCUCUGUUUGCGUGGGAACAUCUGAGGCAAGAAUUGAGGAGACCUUAUGUGGAGCUGAACUCGUGGAUGCGCUGCAGUUCAUUUGUGCAGAGAGGGGCUUUUAUUUCGUCAGCAAAAUGGUGGGCCGUCGGAAUAGGCAGAAUCGAGGCAUUGUGGAGCAGUGCUGCUUUCGUAGCUGUGACCUUCUAAUAUUGGAAAUGUACUGCGCCAUACCACCUGAAGCAGCCAGAUCCACACCGUCUACACCUUCCAUAGUUCCACAGGGGACCAUGCUGCAAAGGGCAGUGGGGAAGCGGUCAGUUAGAAGCUAUUGGAACUACCUCACCUGGACUGGAGGAACCCUGCAGGAAUACCUGAGAAACUCCAACCUCGCCAUCCCACCCAAAACCGAGACCCCCCAUUGGCUGAGAGCACAAGGUGAAGACUCGCUGCGCAUUGACGAGAGCACAAGGCACACGCGGUACCCAACCCUGCAGCGGGUCUGGCCCAGAACGGCGUUGCCCCCUUCCUCAGGACGGCCCAUUCUCCCUUGAUGUCCUGACCCACUCGAAAUGAGCAAGGAGGGCGUAGCUUUCACUUAACUUUGGACCUUUUGAGGGAAAUGUGGCCACAUGACUAGCCGAAUUUAUUUUUUUUAGAAGAAAAAGAUAACAUGAGGGGACAAAGCAGAGUUAGGAGGAGCUGAAAUGCUCAAGGACUUCCCCAAAUGCGAGAACAGCAGAAGCAAAACCGUGUCCCUCACUCCAGCAAAGAGCUCCUGAGGUUCGAGGAAGCUUUCACUCUUGCAGAAUAAGAGCCUGGAGGAGGCAGUGACACAGAAUCCAGCUCCUUCCCCUCCGUGAGUAGCUUCAUUUCUCAGCUGGCUGUCAUUCCUGUGUCUGUUUUAAAAGCAGAAGAGCUUCACUAACAAAAUUCAAGGUAAAGCAGUCUGGAGGUGGCAGGAUGAGAAAUGGAGCUAAUGCCUAACCCAGUUGAUAUCAAAGUUGGAAUACACAUGCAAACAGAACAGCUCCUUCCCCGCUCUUAUUAGGCUCCUGAAUGGACCUCUUCUCCCUCUGCACCUUCUCAGCAGCUAUCACCUGCAUCCCGCACUGUGUUCUGUUACCCUGAUACACUUGUGUAGUACGAUCUGCCAUUAAAGCAUGUAAGACAACAUCUUUCACUGCACCUCGGUUCACAUGGUAGUAAUGAAUCAGAUCAAUUUGUCAGAACCAAAGCUAAAAACAGAAAACGAGACCAGAAAUUGUGCAGGAUCAGAACUCUGGCUGUCAGUAUCAUUAAUUAUAUUCAUUAUUGGUCCAUCACCAAUUGUUUCCCUAGUGGUGAAAUAGUGCCAUCUAGUAGCUAUCAGAUAAUGCAACUUGAAAUAACCAUCUAAUUAUUGCCCUUCAACCUUUGCCACCUCUAUCUACUUAAACAUUAGCAGAAGUGUUAUUUCCACAAUUCGGGUGAAUAGGAUCAUGGCUGCUGCCCAGGGGGCCAUUCAGCCCAUCUAGUCUGAGUGUCAGCUAUCUGAGCACGGUGAUGAAAACUUUUCCAAGUUAUGGGGCUGUUGAACUGACCUAAGAUUUUGCUUUGGCCUUAAUAUCCUGUGCUCACAUCUUCUGUGGGUAAGUCCUUGUGGAGAUUGGAUUGAAACAAUUGGUAGUAUGGUUCACCUCAUGUAUGGUCUGUCCUCUGUAUGACCUGUGUAUAAACCACAUCCUGAGCAUCAUACCUGCCCAUAUAACCACAUCGGCUCCAUAACUCACCUCUCUGUGUAGACUUCUGCAUUGCAUAACUCCCCCUCUGGUACAGUACCUUGUGCCUAUGGUACCAGUCUAGUAAAUCUGUUGGUCUGGACAAAUAAUCCAAAGUUUUAAUGUUCAAAUCCCAUCACAGCCUCUGUGCAGUUUGAAACCAAACAAAUGUUUGUAUGUAGAUUGAACAGCCAGAGGGAGUGGUAAAUGCAGGUAUAGUUACAACAUUGAAAAUACAUUCGGGUAGGUACAUGAAUAGGAAAGGGAUAUGGACCAAACACAGGCAAAUGGGACUAAUUUAGUUUGGGACAGACCAAAGGAUCUGUUUCCAUACGAUAUGACUCAGUAAGAAAUUGAAUGCACCUGGAAUUAAAAUUCUGGUGUAGGUAAUGGUGUCCAUUUGGAUUGUUGUAAAAACCCAUCUGAUUAACCCUUUGGCAGAGGAAGCCUGCUGUCCUUUACUGGCCUACAUGUGGGUCUAUACCCACAGCGAGGCUAUUGACUCUGAAAUAACCCACCAAGCCUCUUUGUUGCAGCAAUUAGGUAACAUCCCACCACCUUCAGAAGGUCAUGUCCAUGACAUUCACAUCCACUUUCAAGAAAGAAACGUGACGUGGUUCUCGGGGUGAGUAAUUUCAGGAGAGAACGGGAGGAAACUGGGGAAAGGAUAUGGCCACAUGAGGUAGUUCGUUCAUGCUGAGAUGCACAGGGGGGCCAAUGUUGUAUCAGAAAGUCAUGGUGAAGAGUUCUCCAGUAGGACUUGGGCUGCACUGAUACUGAGCGUGUAAUUUGGGGCCACAUAGCUCAAUCAGUUGGACGGCUGGUUUGCAACCCAAGAGUGAUGCCACAAACACAGUUUCAAUUCCAAUACUGACUGAGGUCACAGCCAAGGCCCUACCUUCUCCGUCUUGCCUCAGUUAACCUCACCACCAGUCCUCACUCUCUCUCAUGAGAAUGUAGCCCUCUGGUCCUCUGGGAUUAGGAUGCCUAUCCACUUAGUGAGUUUAAUCCUCUAUGACUUGUCACAUUACUGGUUCAUGACGUUAAGAGACACUGGCAUUGAAGGUUAUUAGAAGUUCAUUAAUUCACUCUCCACCAUCCCACUCGUCAUAUGAUACAUGAAUAGAGUCAUUUAUUAGUCUCCAUAGAUGAGACCUAAGCAUGAGGUGGGAGAAACAAGUCACGAGGGAGCAUUAUGGGAACCUCCAACAACUCUUUGCCUCAACGUGCUCCUCACAACUAAUGAGAAUUCCAUCCUUAAGAGCUUUGUGGGUCUGCCUCCAGCACAGCGGUUCAAAAAGGCAGGUCACCACUAUCCUGUCAAGGGGCAACUAGGGACAGGCACUAAAUGCUGGUCCAAACUGUGAUGACCACGUCCCACAAGUAAAUACCAAAAAAUUAUGAUAAACCAAAGAAAUGCUGAUCAUUGACCAGCUGCAUCAAAACAAUGGGUGAAAUUUACAUCAUUCCUUCAAUAUAGUAACAUCAUUCCGAGGUGGUCGGCAGCAGAGUUGGCAAACAAAAUUUAAUAGCAGACUGGAGGAAGUUGGCAGGGAUGACAAACAUUUGGUCCAGGGGUUUGAGGUGGAGACACAGGCGGAGAGGUUUAGGGAGGGAGUUCCAGAGCUCAGGUCCUUGUUGCAGUCUCCAGUGGUGAGAUGAAGAGAAUGUGUAGGAUGCCUGUGUUGUGGGAAAAGAAAGAUCCCAAUAGAUUCUACAGCUGGAGGAGAUUCAGAAAAAGCCGAGGAUGAAUUUGCACAUUAGAAGGAGGAUUUCAAAUCUAAAUUUAAAAUAAAAGGUCAGGAGGCAUUAUAGACCAAUGGGAAAGAGGGGUUGACCAGUGAAAGAGGUGUGAAAUCAGGCGACACACUUUAUAAAAAUUACUAUCCUUAAAGAUUAUAGGUGUGGCCUUUGUAGAUUUAUGAGUUAAUGCACUGUUGGUGCAUUGCAUAAUUUUGGGUUAUUUGUUUAAACUUCUAACUUGUUUUGUUUUGUCAAAACUGGGCAUCUUUUCAAUUGGUCAAUGGCCUGUAGCAAGAUGUACCAGUUCAGUUUAACUUGGGAGUUGUGCCAACAUGUCCACUCUGGGUCCAGCGAUGUGGAAGAGACGUUUAGGUUAACUUUGGCAGCUCAGUUGACUGCCACAACUGAGAUCAGCCAAACGUGAAUUCCAGUCCCUUGGAGUUUCCAUUAGGGCCUAGGAUCUGAAGUCAGUCAAUGGGAAAUCCCAAGAUUCCCACAGAGAGAUGUUGAUCAACUCGGAUCAUCUUCUGGGAAAAUAAAGAAAAUCUUCUGAUCAGUGGCACGAGAAGAGGCCAGAUCAAAGUUGCAUUUAUAUUGCACCAAUUGCAACUCAGGGUCAGCAGACUUAAAAUGUUGGCAGCUCUCCGCAUUUCAACAAAACCACUAAAUUAAUCCAUCGAAAUUCUGGUUAAUCCCUAACUAGAGUGUUGCAUCCAGUUCUGUUGGAGUUGGGGGAGAAUCACAUGUUAGGGAGGAAAUAAAGAGAGUGAGUAGGAUGCUGGCAUGGGGUGGUUUAAUAGUUAGCAUUGGUGCCUCACAGUGCCAGGGACCCUGACUCAAUUCUACCUUCAGGUGACUCUCUAUGUGGAGUUUGCACAUUCUUCCCAUUGUCAUUGCGGGUUUCCUGUGGGUAAUCCAGUUUCCUCCCACAGUCCGAAGAUGUGCAGGUUAGGUGGCUUGGCAAAGCUAAAUUGGCCAUAGUGACCAGGGAUGUGCCAGCUGGGUGGGUUAGCCAUGGGAAAUGC